AGCCUGGAGAUGGCCUCGCCCCCUGAACAGGCCUGCUUAGCCCAGCUGAGGUUGUCCCACAAUCCCGGGUGCCCCCGGGAACCCCGCGGGCAGGGCCAGGGCGGGCAGAAGAGGGGCGGAGAGGGGCGGGGACUGGGAGGAGGCAGAGGCAGAGGGGGCUCCGCUCUGUGCAUGCUGAUGAGUUCUGAGGCUGCCGCGUCACUCCGCACCGGCGCUGUGGCUGUGGGGCGGGCUGGAGCCGGCAGAGGCAGAGAGCGCGCGGAGCCGGCCAGCCCGCCGCCUCGCCCUCGCUAGUCUUCCUCCUCUGUCUCUUCGCCCCUGGCCCUGAACAGCUCAGCCCCGGAGGCGGCCGCAGCACCCUAGUGUCCCCGGGCCCAGCCGUCUCGGCUCCCAAAGCCUGGGCUCCCCCAGUCCUCGUCUCCCAGGGGCUGCAAGCUAAGCUGAGUCCCUCCGGAGGAUGCCGGCUGCGCUCCGCGCUGCGCCCUGCGCCCUGAGAUCGGGGCUGGGCAGCAGCGGCUCGGCGGGCGGGCGGCUGUAGCUGCGCAGCCCCCGGGCCGUGGGCCAGAGGCGGCAGCCGGGGCCCCAGGUGUGACUGGGCCGACGGAAGGAAUGUAGAGUGGUGCUGAAAAGGACAGCUCCCACAAGCUGAGCUCUCAGAGCUCCGCACUCCGCCCUUCCCUGCCCCGCCCCUCCCCGUCCAGGGUCCAGCCGCGGACCGCAGGCACAGCGGGCGUAGCGCGGACUCCGGCGCCAGCCCAUGGUGCCCGGGGUGGCUGGCCGCGCAGAAACUGCGGCGGCCAGCGGCCAGGCGGGAAUGCCCCGCGGGUGAAGCAGCCCCCGCCCCAGCCGCGUUCAUGGCGGUGGCCAGGAAAAUCAAAACUUUGCUGACGGUGAAUAUCCUGGUGUUCGUGGGUAUCAUCCUCUUCUCCGUUUACUGUCGGCUGCAGGACCGCUCCCAGGAGCUGGUGCAGAUAGUGCGCAGCGCCGACCGCCGGGUGCGCAGCCGGCACGCCAGGGCAGGCGUGAUCCUGGACCGGGAGGCCAUCCUGCAACGGCUCGACCACCUAGAGGAGGUGGUCUACAACCAGCUCAAUGGUCUAGCCAAGCCCAUGGGUCUUGUGGAAGGACCAGGAGGACUAGGCCAGGGUGGCAUGGCAGCCACACUCCGAGAUGACAGCCAUGAGUCUGAAACCAAAUACGAAGAGUAUGGUUACAAUGCCCAGCUGAGUGAUCGGAUCUCUCUCGACAGGAGCAUCCCAGACUACAGACCCAAAAAGUGCAAACACAUGGCAUAUUCUGAGGAUCUGCCCCAGAUCUCUGUGGUCUUCAUUUUUGUCAAUGAAGCUCUGUCGGUGAUCCUGCGCUCAGUGCACAGUGUGGUCAACCACACCCCAUCUCACCUGCUCAAAGAGAUAAUCCUGGUGGAUGACAACAGCGAUAACGUGGAGCUGAAAUUUAAUCUGGAUCAGUAUGUAAAUAAGAGAUAUCCAGGGCUGGUGAAAAUAGUCCGCAACACCAAGAGAGAAGGGCUCAUCCGAGCCCGGAUCCAGGGCUGGAAAGCAGCAACCUCUCCGAUCGUGGGGUUUUUUGAUGCCCACGUGGAGUUCAACACUGGCUGGGCAGAGCCAGCCCUCACUCGAAUCAAAGAGGACAGAAGGAGAAUAAUCCUGCCUGCCAUUGACAACAUCAAGUACAAUACCUUUGAGGUACAACAAUAUGCCAAUGCAGCGCAUGGCUACAACUGGGGCCUCUGGUGCAUGUACAUCAUCCCACCACAGGACUGGCUGGACCGAGGAGACGAGUCUGCACCUAUCCGGACACCAGCCAUGAUUGGCUGCUCAUUUGUGGUGGACCGAGAGUAUUUCGGGGACAUUGGCCUGCUUGACCCAGGCAUGGAGGUGUACGGUGGAGAAAACAUUGAGUUAGGAAUGAGGGUGUGGCAGUGUGGAGGCAGCAUGGAGGUGCUGCCCUGUUCCCGGGUGGCCCAUAUCGAGCGCACAAAGAAACCCUACAAUAACGACAUUGAUUACUAUGCAAAGCGGAAUGCCCUGAGAGCCGCCGAAGUAUGGAUGGAUGAUUUCAAGUCUCACGUGUACAUGGCCUGGAAUAUUCCCAUGACGAACCCAGGAGUGGACUUUGGGGAUGUAUCUGAGCGCCUCGCUUUACGUCAGAGGCUCCAGUGUCGCAGUUUCAAGUGGUACCUGGAGAACGUGUACCCUGAGAUGAGGAUCUAUAACAAUACCAUCACCUAUGGAGAGGUGAGAAACAGCAAGGCCAGUGGCUACUGCUUGGACCAGGGAGCAGAGGAUGAUGAUAGAGCAAUCCUAUAUCCUUGCCAUGGGAUGUCCUCACAGCUGGUGCGUUACAGUGCUGAGGGUCUGCUACAGCUGGGGCCCCUCGGUUCCACUGCUUUCCUGCCAGACUCCAAGUGUCUCAUUGAUGAUGGGAAAGGUCGGACGCCCACCUUGAAGAAAUGUGAAGAUGUUUUCCGUCCUGCCCAGAGACUCUGGGACUUCACCCAGAAUGGCCCCAUCGUGAGCAGAGACACAGGACGGUGUCUGGAGGUGGAGAUGUCCAAGGAAGCUAACUUUGGUCUCCGACUGGUAGUUCAGAGAUGCUCGGGACAAAAAUGGAUGAUUAGAAACUGGAUUAAACAUGGGCGGCACUGAUGGGAAUCCUUCUUACCAUCCUCCCGAGAGGAUACCCUUCUCACUUCUCUUCUAUCCACUGGUGGUGAGAAAAACUAUGGGAAGGAGAUAGAGUGACCCACCAAGGACUAGAUCACUAAGCCUGGGGUCCCCAAUGACCCCACAGCUUUCCUCCCAUGGACACCAAGAAGACUGCCCCCUGGAGGGAGAGGGCUUUCUCAUUCACGAUCUCUGGCCCAAGAUGGGACUAGUCAUUGGGCUUCCUAGCAGCCAUGCUCCCGCAGAAAAAUGGAAAACUCUCUUUCCCCUGUGUGGAGUCCAAAGGGAACCAUAUCAAGAGAACCCUCUUUGGACAGAUGAUUCCUCAGCUUUAAAUUACUGGAUUGGUGCACAACUCCUCUGAUAAAGAAUCAUGUGCCUUUUCUACUGUAUUUCCUAUUUGAGCCACCUGGGACAGCUCCCCUCACUGAGAGGUAGCCACACCUUCAGCAUGUAUGGACUUCUUGUGUUAAUGCCACAACAUGUAAAUAAACCCACUGUAAAACUUAUACCCUAGUUCAACUUGAAGGUAGUUGCUUGGGAGUCUGUUUGGGUGCCAGAGCCCACAUCCCAGGGUAUAUACCCCCCAAGAUUAUGGUAUCUGGGGGCCUCCUUCUGCCCCCUCUGGGAUCCCAGUGAUGGAAUCAGGAACCCAGCCAGUUGCUGGCUGACUUGGCCAAUUUCCUCUUACUCUUUGGAUUUCUUGAGCCACAAGGCACGGAAGAACAGACUCUGCUUCUAAGGGAUGAAUGAAGCAAUUGGUCUGUGCCCAGUGCCCUUUCCACCACCCAUACACACUCACACACUCACACACGCACACACACAAAUACACACACACACAUUCUGACCAGAGGAAACAGAGAAGAGAUGGCUGGUUACCAGCUGCUUUGGUCCUUCUUGAAUCUGAGGCCAGGAAGUCCUUGUCCAGUGACUACAUAUAAGGGGGUCAUGCUUUGGGAAACUGUUCCAUCCCCUCCUCACCCACCAGUGAUAGCAGUGCCCUCCCAGACUUGGGCACUGCGGGCAGCAGCCCUGACCAGGAGGAAGAGCACUUUGGGUGUGGCAGGUGUGGAAAGUCCUCCACCAGAGGUUUCCACGGUGUCCAAAUUCACUAGGACAGACAACGAGCACUGUUUACUCAAGGCUGAUUUUUUUUGCAUCAAAUUAAAAGACAUCAUUUGAUCAUCA